GUAAGGCUGCGCCUGCGCAGAACGGUCACGUGCCGGCUGGCCGGGAAAAUGGCGGCUUCGGGAGAGAGCGGGGUUUCGGGCGGCGGAGGCAGCACAGAGGAGGCAUUUAUGACCUUCUACAGCGAGGUGAAACAAAUAGAGAAGAGAGAUUCAGUUCUAACAUCCAAAAAUCAGAUUGAAAGAUUGACUCGUCCUGGUUCCUCGUACUUUAACCUGAACCCAUUUGAGGUUCUUCAGAUAGAUCCUGAAGUGACAGAUGAAGAAAUAAAAAAGAGGUUUCGGCAGUUGUCUAUAUUGGUGCAUCCUGACAAAAAUCAAGAUGAUGCUGACAGAGCACAGAAGGCUUUUGAAGCUGUGGACAAAGCUUACAAGUUGCUACUGGAUCAGGAACAAAAGAAGAGGGCCCUGGAUGUAAUUCAGGCAGGAAAAGAAUACGUGGAACACACUGUUAAAGAGCGAAAAAAACAACUAAAGAAGGAAGGAAAGCCUACAAGUGUAGAGGAAGAUGAUCCCGAACUGUUCAAGCAGGCAGUCUACAAACAGACCAUGAAACUCUUUGCUGAGCUGGAAAUUAAAAGGAAAGAGAGAGAAGCCAAAGAAAUGCAUGAAAGGAAACGACAAAGAGAAGAGGAGAUCGAAGCACAAGAAAAAGCCAAGAGAGAAAGGGAAUGGCAGAAAAACUUUGAGGAAAGCCGGGAUGGGCGAGUGGACAGUUGGCGAAAUUUCCAGGCAAAUACAAAGGGGAAGAAGGAGAAGAAGAAUCGGACCUUCCUUCGGCCACCAAAAGUAAAGAUGGAACAGCGAGAGUGACCAUCGGCAUAGCCACAGCCUUCCCCAAUUGCCUCCUCCUGCUUCAAGGACUCAUCUUCCCCCACUUGCACCCGACAUAGAGUAGUGUUUGCUUUUAGUCUAUUUUGUUUUCAAUACAAUUUAAUAUCAAUCAAAGUAAUUUGUACAUUGAGAGGAGGGUCUAACCUUCACCUCUCCUCACCCACGGAACCACCAGGAUUGGAAGGAAGGUGCCACUGACUCAUGCUGCCUUCUUUCCCCACAGCUGUAACUUAAUGUUUUGUAUUUCACUGAAUUGUGGUGGCUCGAAGGUCAUGUAUAGUUUGUUGGAAAUCCUCCAAUUAAACGUCUUGCUUACAGUGUGGUGUUGCCGUGACUCCAGACCACAGCCUUGGCCACCAUGGGGAAGCCCUUUGCUUGCUUCUGGGCAUGCUGUCCUUGAAAGCCUAUGUCAAGUAGGAGAGGCAUUGUGGACUCACAGGGCAGCCACUUGAUGCCCUGAUGGAUGUCCUGUGUUUGGUACAAGUCCUCUGACUGACCAAUCAGCCAGAGUGGUAUGAGGCUACCAGCCACUUAAACCUAUUCACUUUCCAAAGAGUCCAGCCAGUCCCACUGUGUCCUCGCUGUCUGCAUUCAUUAGUGGUAAUAUUCUUUUACAUAUAAUAAAUUUUUAUACCCAA